CUCUCAACCCUAGCUAAGUCUUCUAGCAAGCAGCCGGUGGCGCUGCCGCUUGUCGUGGUUGUGGUUGUGACGACGACGACGACGACAACAAAGAUAUGGUAGAUGUCUCUAAUGCGUUGCACAGGUUGAAGCCGGCCAUGUUAAUGGUAGUGGUUCAGAUAGCAUACGCCGGGGUCAAUGUACUGUACAAGCUCGCCGUCAACGACGGCAUGAACCUAAGAGUCGUCGUUGCCUACCGCUUUAUCUUCGCCACUGUUUUCAUUGCUCCUCUUGCUCUCGUUCUGGAAUGGAAGAAGAGACCAAAGAUGACUUGGAAGAUAUUGUUUCAAGCAUUUCUUUGUGGUUUAUUCGGAGGAUCAUUGGCACAAAACUUAUAUUUGGAAGCAUUGGCUUUAACGUCGGCGACCUUUGUUUCAGCGAUGGCCAACCUUAUUCCAGCUAUCACCUUUAUAAUGGCGGUCUCUUUUCACUUGGAAAGUUUGAGUUUAAGAACAUCAUCAGGAAAAGCCAAGAUUGUUGGAACAGUAACAGGAGUAAGUGGGGCUAUGAUUAUGACAUUUUUCAAAGGUUCAGAAAUACACACAGGCUCCUUCCACAUCACCCUCAUGCAUCAUCAUAAUGGACACAUGGCAUCACCACAGUCUUCCUCUAGGGGUAACACCCUCUUAGGUGCUCUUUGCGUUCUAGGAAGCAACUUUAGUUAUGCUUUGUGGCUCAUCAUUCAGACAAAGAUGAGUAAGAAUUACCCAUGUCAUUACUCAAGUACAGCUUUGAUGAGUAUCAUGGGAUCACUCUUAUCUGUUGCUUUUGCUCUUUAUCUUGAGAGGGAUUGGACACAAUGGAAGCUGGGUUGGAAUGUCAGGCUUCUCACUAUAACUUAUACAGGAAUAGUUAUGUCUGGAGUAAUGGUGGUAGUAAUGGCAUGGUGUAUGCAUAUGAGAGGCCCUCUUUACGUCUCUGCUUUUAGUCCUCUCAUGCUUGUUUUUGUAGCCAUUGCUAGUUGUUUCAUGUUGGAUGAGAAGCUAUAUCUUGGAAGUGUAAUUGGAGGGGUAUUGAUAAUCUGUGGAUUAUAUGGAAUUUUAUGGGGGAAAAUCAAAGAGAUGAAGAAGAUGAAUCAACUUGUUCCGUCUCAAAGCCUCCACGAAAUUAUUGUGAGAUCUCCCACAGAAGAUAAAUGUAUCCCUCAUAACAACAAUAAUAGUAACGUUGAAGGUGUUAGAGAUAAUGACUGUUCCUCAGAAAAUGCUAAUGAAGCUUCAAAGGAUAAUCAGAACGAAAGGCAAAGAUCAAUGGAGGAGGAAAAAGAAGCAACUAUAUCAAUAGCUAGCUAGUUGUCCCAGUAACAACACCACUACUUCUCAAGUAUG